GUAACAUUCAGAUGGACCACGCCUGCAUCGCCGAGCCAUGCCAUCCGAUCAACUCCAGUCCAUUCAAUUCAUUGUUCACGCCUUCUCCAUCGUUAGGUAUUUCUCCGCGUUAAAUAUUGAAUAUCUAUUUUCUGAGUAGUCUCAUGUUCACAGCUUUGUGGAUUGUGUGGCUAUUGUCCAAUGCCACUACAGAUGUUCAGAUUAAGGUAAUUGUCAACCUGAUAGCUAUUAAAAACAAAAAUGAUUAAGAUUUAGGAUUAUGGCUAACUAAUAGUUUUGAGAAUAAUUAGAAAGGGUUCGAUAUAACAACCAGAAAAAAACAGAUUUUGAGAGACAAAAAGAAAUGUUAACACUGUGGAAGAAUGAGAAACUAAAUAUAUCGUCUAUAUUUGCAAGGAUAACGCUUAAACUGGUGGAUAGCAAUCGCGUAUGCUGUACAUACAUUUUCAUCUGCAUUCGUUUUGAGACGUCUCUUCUAACGGUAUGUACGAUUUUGAAGGAGUCUUUUAGUGAUAGGGACUGAUCACAAUCAACUAGAUGUUUUGAAACCGGGUCCUCAAUUUACUUCUGAGAUUCUUUAGAAAGCCUGAUGUUGCGUUCCGAAGGAGUUCACUUUGUGCGACCAAUAUAACCCCCCCACAUAAGCGAGUAAACUGAAAGACACAAAUAAAUUCAGCCCAAAGCGUGAGUUCAUCCCUCACAUAGCUAAGAAUUACAGACUUACUAGAAAGGACAGUGUGAAGUUCAACUCUACAAAAUGUUUUUCUCAGAGAUGUAGAAAGUCUGAUUUUCAUACUUCUCACUAAAGUAUCUCUGUUGAACAUGAUAUCCUCAAUCAUUAUUUCGUUCUGUGAUAUGGCCCGCUAUGCCUGCAAAUAAACACAUGUGCUUGAAAUAUAAUGAAUAAAUGUGGCGUAGCCAACACGGACUCACCUGGGAGAAAGAAAAGUGAAUGGUGACAGAUCUGCACAUUUAUGUGCACUCAACAAAAUGGUUUUAUGGCCCUAUAUCUGACCCCGGUCUGAUCCUACGGUGAUUCUUCUUACAAUAUAUGUCAUCUAUUCUCGUAUAUAAUUAUUAACCUAACUCGCGUCUGUGAAUAAUUGGAUUAAAAAAGCCAAAUACGAGGAUGAAUUUUGAAUACGCAUAUUUCAUGCACUCAUUGAUUUGAAUAGAUAAUCAGGGAGAUGGAACAAAAAGGGAAGAGCGAAUCAGAUUACAGAGGGCAAGUGAGCCAAGUCGAUUUAAUCAAGCGUUAACCGAUAUUUAUAGCCAGAUACAAAUAAGCUACAAACAUGUGAUGAGUAUGAUAGGAUCUGCACACAUAUACACUCAUCUAAAUACAGUCAGAAUAAACAAGCCAAUAAGUGACAAGGUCAAAAUGUGGUUUAAGAAGAAUGAAUAGAUUGGCUUAUCCAGAACCUGGAAUAAAUUGUGUGAGUUUCAUAUGACACAUGACGUUACAUUAUCCCCCACAAUAGUUAUAGGUGUCACAAUAUUCUCUCACAAACGCAUACACAAAGCUACAUGCCUCACAGGACCACACUACAGAGAACCAGAUCCAUCAUAUUCGUACCAGUUAGAAAUUUGGUAGAUCCGUCGGAGACGUGGCAACCAGGAGAGGAGCUAACAUAAUUUCAGAUCACCACCCGGUGGUUGCUAAGAUGAAAGCUGAAUACACUGAAGCAAACAUGCAAGUGAACAGGAGCAUUAGAGCCGAUAAGCAGAAAUAUAUGUAAGACCUAGCAACGACAGGGGAAAAGGCUGGAAGAGGAGGAAGUACGAAACAACUAUAUGAGACGACGAAGAAACUGACAGAAAAUAUAAUAAACCAGAGACCAGUCAAGGACACGAGGGAAAUUUGAUCACUGAGAUUAAAGAACAGAGAAACGGAUGUGUAUAACAGUUUGAGGAACUCAAAUAAAUCAGCUCCACUGAAUCUGCCGGACAUCAAAGAAGCACACACAGACCUUCCUAUAGAUGUCACUCCACCAACAGUCGAGGAAACAGGGAUGUACGACAAAGAUACCAAGAGUGGGAUGGCAGCAGCAUCUAAGGCUCUGGGGUCGAACACAGAAGUAACUGCAAACAUGCUUCGCAUCACAAUAGAAGUCGGUUUGGUGAGACUAUAAUUUGCGGUCGAUCUUUGAGUGACGCCAGAUUGACAUUGAGAGUGUCUACUUAAUUAAUAAGGCUAAAUGAGGGUUGUAAAGCAGUUUGAAGGAUAAGGAUUAUUAUUUACAGUUAAUGUCUAAGGUUUGGAAUUAGACUAGUGGUUUUUCAUCAUGAACUGACAUCAGCUACAAUGUCAAUACGCUAUUUGGCCAAAUGGGUGAGUGAAUUUUGCUCCGAAAUGCAAGACUUCUUAUCGUAAAUCUGUUUGAUUCAUCCAUAAAAUGCAGUCUCACCGCAUUUGGAAAAGGUUCAAAGGAACGUUAAAACUAGCACAGGUCACCUAGACUCCUGUUGUUUUAAAAAUUAAACUGCUAUUGAACACUGCAUUGUUUGUGUUAGCGACUGUUGACAGUGUCAGUUUGAAACUGAACAUAUUGUAAUGCCAGUUUCUCAGUCUCCAAGUUUAGGUUUUUUCGCUGCUAGCGGACUCUGUCUAGUUGAUAUUGUAGAGAACGUCGUAUGUUAUACGUCAACAACGGCUCUCGAUAAGAUUUGCACUGGUUUUAUUUGUGACUUGCCAUCAUUUCAUUCUAUUUACAAAUCUAGUUCUUCCUUAUUGUUCUCGCAAAUGCUGAAGCUUUGGAAAUUCUCCAGUUCUCACACAAGUCAUUAAAGUAUCCAAAAAGGAUAGAGUUCAUUGAAUAUGUAUCACGAAGCCCUCCUGUUCUACGAAUCGAUCCAUCUUUCUCUUGCGUUAUUAUUGGUGAUGAAAAGCAAUUGAAAGCAUGGCAUCUCAAGGAAACUCAAAACAUUGUAGUGUCAAUGGGAUUGCAACCAGCCAAUAUUAAAGACAUCGAUUUCCAUAACUCUGUUCCACAAUAUGCUUUUGUACUUAUUGAUGACCUUUCGUGCAGAAUUUGGGAUGUACACGCUUGCAAACUAAUACAUACUAUAAGUCCCCAAAAAAUCACUGCAUUCAGUUCGAGUUUGAUCAAUAAUUGUAUUCCGCUAGGCACAAAAGAUGGCCAGAUCUUAUCUUUCUGCCCUCAUUCUUUCCAAUGCAUUCAGUUGUGCGCACUUCCUGAGCCUGUAGUCAAAAGUGGUGUUGAACUCCGAAAGACUAGUUCGAUUAUCCACCCAACAAGUGAAAGGCCGUCAUGGUCAAAAAUUGCCGCCUUUAAUCCAUCCAUUUCUAUAGAGUUUUCAAAUGAAAUAGUUGCCUUCACAACAGUGGAUUUGAUAUCUCUUCACUCUGACAAUGAUGUACCCAGGACUUCUGGACUGAGGUCCACUUUAUCAAUCAUCCUGUCACGCGCUAGAUUAUACAUACUGGAUAUGUCCAAUCAUAAUGUUAUGGCUAGCUGGAGUUGGAUGGAUCUUAAGCUUUCUAACUGGAACUACAUAUACAAUGCAGAAAUUACUAGUACUUCAGGUGCUGUAAACUUUUGGAUUCGUGGUAAGAAUGACUCUGUUGGAUUUUUUACCAUUCCGUUCGAAAAUGUUUCUGCAACAAAUGUAUAUGAAAAUAUUUCAAACAGUUCUCCAUAUCUAUCAUUUAUUGCCAAAUAUGAUCUGUUAACGAAUUCCGUGUUGAAUACUUGCAACAAACAUCAGCUCUUUCAAAAUAAUGGCAGUAACAGAAAUAAAAGUCAAUUUUCAACAUUAAAUAAAACAUUAGACAAACCAGUCACAUUUGGACAUAAAAUCAAAUCUUCUGGUUAUGCGAAACAAGAACCAAUGCGUAAAAUGUUUCAUCCCUUGAUUUAUGAACGUUCAAAACAAAGAAAUGCUUUAAACUUAGGGAAUGAAGAGAAGCUUACAAAAUUAACUAAAUCUUAUCCGAAUACUGAUGAACUUCCAAAUGUUCUUCAAAUAAGUGGAUAUGUCGACUCUUGUACUACACCAAUCUAUAAAGUUGCCUAUUCACCUAAUGGCAGUAGCUUGGCAUCAUGUUUGGGUAAUGGGAUUUGUCUGAUUACUCGACGUGAUCAAAACACAUUGGAAGAAAAACGAAAGAAGUUAUUUCCUUCAGCUGAAGCAUUACGUGGCCAUUUAGGUCCUCUUCUCUGGGCUUCUUGGUCGACGGAUAGUUGUUUGUUGCUAACUUGUUCGUCGGACCGAACUGCGCGUAUUUGGAGAAUAGGUGUAAAAGGAUUGAAUAAAAACGUGACCACUAAAAUCGGGUCAGUAACUCAACUUAUAUUCGAUUCAAUACACAAAGGAGCUACAAAUGAUUACGGAGAAAAAGUUAGCCUGAAGAAGAAGAAUACUUAUGGUUAUGUACCAUUUGAAGAUAAUAUAUCUAUUGGGAACUUUCAUUACAUGGAUUCAUUUGUAUAUUUGAUUAGUAAAAAUAUAAUACGUUUAUACACAUAUACAUUGUCAAAUAAUGAGAAUAUUCUAAAAAAAAGUUGUGCCAAUAACAGUUAUAAAUUAGUUGGUGAAUUUCCAAUAUCCACUUGUAAUCAGUUAACUUCUGUGGCAUCUGUAAACAUUUUCUAUUCAUACUUGUUGGUGUGUGCCGGAUCAGAUCGACGUUUAUCCAUUUUAGACUUAAACUGUGGACAGGUUAUUCAGGAAAUUCAAUCUGCACAUACUAAGUGUAUAACAGGAAUUGCAUUAAAUCAGGGAUCGCUGUAUUCAAGCUUCAAUGAUUCAAUACAAAAUACUACAACACUUGGUACGGGAUAUACAGUAUAUGCAACAGUGGCACCAAAGGAUUGUGUACAAAUAUGGGACCUUAGGGAAAGUCGACAUCCUGUAAUGAAAUUGACCAAACUUUCAUCUGAAAUCUACUCAAGUGGAUCAAGUAGAAAUACUCUUAUUCCACCUGUAACAGCAGUGUUUAGUCCGUGUGGAACAAAAUUGUUAGUAGGAGGUACAAUGGAUGUGAAUCAAUCAUCACCUGUUAUAUAUGAUGUACGAAAAGCUUGUUCACAUCCUCUGACUAUAUUAAACCACGAACUGCGAAUUCAUAAUAGCCCAGCUACCGUAGUGGAUUGGCAUCCGUCAAAGCCUGAAGUAUCUACUGGAUCUCAUGAUGGUAUACUCUCAAUCUACGGAAUUCACAGAACGAAAGUCAAAGAUACGACAUAAUUUACAAACUCUUAUUGCUUUAUAACUUAUUUCAUAAACUUAAUUUCCUUCCGGCCAAUGUUUUAUAACAAUGUUAUCAAUAAAUAUCUUUUUGAAUCGAAAUAUAUGUAUAUAUGUAUCAUACUCAUUGUCGAAUGCAUGAAAUUUAACUUCAUCUUAUAUCAAUUUUAAGUAAUCAUCAACAUUCGAUAACUACAGUUCAUCAUAGAAACGAUAGUAC